AUGUUUGCAUCCGACCGCCACUACCAUCUUUUUGUCAUGAGGCACACCGAGUCGGGUCGAGCUUACGGCUGCUCGGCGAUGAUGAAAGAGAACCCGUUGUUGCAGGAGGCGUACCCCAAAGACGGGCGGGGUUUCUCGCUGCUCCACAGGCACAUCCUAGUCGACCCGCGAACGGUAUUCGUUUGCCCCCACAUGGAUUCACACGAUUUUUCUAUUCGACACGCGCGAAUUUCGAAGGGUCCUGGUUUCCAAUACAUGUCCAAGUUCACGCUGGAAGAGCACUACCACACGCGCAAGAAAUGGUACGCUUUCCCGUAUCCCUCGUUCUACCACGGGCGGAUGGCCCUGGCGCCUGCGAGGACCCGUCCUCGAGGUCACGCGGAGUACCUCUGGCAGUUCAACGCAGGUUUCCAUGGUUGGGCACAGAAUAAUUAG